AUGUACGGUGCUUACAAUGGUAUACCCAUAAAUGAUUCCAUGUACUUGUCGCCUGGUUUGACCGGUUAUGGUUCCUCUCUUGUCCUAAACGGUACAUUGAACCAAUCAGUCACUGUUACCAACUAUAUUAAUUUAACCAAUGUCAGCUUCACAUUUGAAGCGUGGAUCUACUUGACUGUGGUUAGCAAUGCUGAUUAUAGUAUAUUUGGUCAGUGUGAGUUAAGAGUACUCAACAAAUGUUUACAUUCAAAAAUUAGCAAUUACAAACUCUACUUCGGCUUCUUCUCAAAUGAUUUGCAAGGUUCGGGAAACCUAUCAGUUGAUACCUGGUAUCACGUUGGCUUCGUUUAUGAAUAUUCUACGAUGACUCAAUCAAUCUAUCUGAACGGUGUUUUAGAUGGGAGUCGAUCAUGUGGAACAUACUACAAAGGUACAAGUGGAAAUUUGACAAUUGGUACAACGAACGAUAGUAUAACCACACAAUAUUUUUCCGGACGUAUUGAUCAAGUAUUGCUGACAUUGGCAGCGAAAACUGCUACUGAGAUUCUAGAUGAUGCCACACUCACUGCUUUCUAUUCGUUCGAUUCUGGUUCGCUUUAUGAUUCAGGACCUAAUAAGAUCAACGGUUCCGGCUUCAAUACUAGUGUCGUGUCAGGAAAAGUAGGACAAGCUAUUCGAUUUGCUCAGAACUAUUCAUAUUUUCAAAUUACAGGACUUCUACUGUUAGGUAUUCCAAAUCAACCAUAUUCACUUGCUCUAUGGAUUAAGCCGACUGUAUCUGUAAACGGUACCCUCAUUCAUACAUCAAACAUGACAACGGGCACAGGCUGGUGCGUACCGAUGUUGGGAUUGGAUGAAGGAGGUCAUAUAAUUGUCUCUAGUUUGAACGGAACUGUGCGGCCUAGUAUUAAUGGGACGGUGGUAAACCCAAAUGUUUGGACACAUGUUGCACAAACCUAUGGUCCAGACAAUGGACUAACAAUGUAUGUGAAUGGUGCAUUGUACGGAUCCACCGGAAGUUUUGCGUACGCCGCGAGCGAUUCGUUUGAUACAAUAACAAUUGGAAAUCCGCUUCUUGGCAAUUCGUGCGAAAAUGAUUUUAGUCCAGGACAGUUCUACGGCGCAGUAGACGAAUUUCGCCUGUACUCUAGAGAAUUGUCAGCGGCAGACGUUCUCACACUGGCAAAUCCUUAG